AUAAUUGUGUACAAAGAAAAAAAAAUCACUCUCAAAAUUGGUCCAACAGUAGGCCUUAAAAGCAAGGACCCUGCAAGGCAGAUGAAAGUCUACAGGUAAGCCUUGGCUCUCUCUCCCUCUCUUUCUGAAAAAAAGAGAGCGCAAGUUGACUGUCUACCACUAUCUGCUUGUGGGUAUCAAUGGAAUAUCAAGAACCCAAGCUGAUGGACCCGGAGGAUGAAGAAGAGGAGGAGGAAGUUGGUCUGCAAGGGCGGCGGACUGGGCAUCGGAGUAGUAACAACGGCUGCACUGCUGUUGAUGCUCUCAUUUCUGAUAAUGGACAUGGUAAUGGUAAUGGCAGUGUCUCAGAGCAUGUCAUUGAAACCAAAUUCGAUUCUUCUAUCAAAAGAGGAGGAGAAGUACAAGUAGAAGACAAAAGCGUUUACUUUGAUCAAAUUCUAGGAAUAUGGAAAUGUCACCACUGCGAGUGGACCUACGGUGGUCAAUGUCCUUGGACUGUUCAUGGUCAGACUCUUAAAGAACACUCGCACACGCCGAUGAAUAUCAAAAAUUUAAACCAACAGGGACCAAUUGUUAUUUUUGAAACAAAAGGACCCAAAUCCACGGAUGGAGUUCCUAGUACAGAAUUUACGGAUGUUAAGCAUUCUGCUUUUAGGAAAAACACCAAUGAUGGGACUGCAGAUGACUUCGAGAUUCAAGAAAAUCGUACCAAAGAAACUAACCAUCAAAAUGGGCAAAACUUGGCGGUUGAUAUUCUCUCUGGUCCUAGUCCAUCACCUAUAGUAGAACAAUUUAAAGAACGAGAUAUAGGUUUUACGCCUCUCAUCAGCGAAACUGGAGUGGUGGCUGAUGUUGACUUUACUGAGGAAAUUGACCAGGAAGGGGAUGAUUACGACAUUGAAAGGGUAAUUGAAAAGCAGAAUACUCAUGAUCUUUACUGCCCUAAUUGUCAUUCUUGCAUUACCAGAAAGGUUAUUCUUCGUCGAAGAAAACUGAAAAUUCGAGGUCGUAAACCAAAACGUGAUGCAACUCAGACGAUAUUUCAUUCUGAGUUGGGAGCUAAUACCGCACCUCCAGUUGACGAUCAAGAGCAUGGUAUAAUUGACAUUUCGUCAAAUGGUGGUACAGUACCGGCAGCAUCUGAUAACGAUCAUGUUCAGCAACGCGAUAUAUUCAGAUGCUUAUCUUGCUUUAGCAUUUUCAUUCCAACAGGAAAUGGUUUCAAACUGUUUCGAUGUUUUGGAAACAACAAUGAGACUGAAAAUGUAACAGAGCAGCAAAAGGCACCUUCCGCCAGCACAAAUUGGUUCUACUCUAUCUUUGCUUCGGGUAAGGAUCCAGUAAACAUCACUCAAAUAGAUAUAACUACUGAAUGUAACUCAUCAUUGCUGCCCUCUCAUGGAAACGAUUUUCCAGUAUCUCUAAUCUCUGAUGGAAAUUUGGUUAACAAAGGAGAGGUAGCAGAAGAGGUCCCUAAUAAACCUCCGGACGACAGACAAGCUUUUCUCAGUUCUUCAGCAGUGCAAUCUGUUCAGUGUGAGAAAACACCAACAGAAAUAGGCCAGGAGCAGGAAGCCAAUUCGGCAAAAGGGAAGGAAAUUUUUGCUAGUCAAAAUGCUGUUGCAGCAUCAGUUGGUGCAGGGACUGCUACGGUGAAGGUUUCUGUAUCAAAUACUACUCAACAGCUGUACCCACGGAGCAUUACAGAUAAUAUGCGACCCCAGAAAGAAAAAGGGGAAAGCGUCAUAUUGGAUGUUGAAACUGGGCCGAGCCAACCAGAAGCAUCUCUGACAACAAUUGUUUCAGUAGAAUCUGAGAUUUUGCCACAAAUUGCGACUCAGGUAUACACUAGUAAACAAGGAGUUGUUAAAAGUAGAAAUGGCCGCCAGUGGGAAAUUUUGAAGAGCAUUGUAUAUGGUGGUCUUGUUGAAUCUAUCACCAGCCUAGUAGUUGUGUCAUCUGCAGCUGCGGCUAGUUCUGCUACAUUGAACAUUCUAGUUCUUGGAUUGGCAAAUUUGAUUGGUGGACUUCCCAUAAUUUUCCAUAAUCUCAGGGAAUUGAAAAAGGAGCCUCCUAGAGAAGCCUCGGGUGAAAGAAAUGAGCAAGAAGACCGUUACCAGGAACUUCUUGGGCGGAGAGAGAAUUUUGCACUUCAUGCGACUCUGGCAAUUUUAUCAUUCAUCAUCUUUGGCCUACUGCCUCCUGUCAUAUAUGGCUUCUCAUUUGGCAAGAGUGACAACAGAGACUACAAGCUUGCAGCAGUUGGGGUUGCUGGUCUCGUGUGCAUUGCUUUACUUGCCAUAGCGAAGGUUUAUGUCCAAAAACCUCCUAAAUCUUACAUCAAAACCGUAACCUACUAUCUAAGCAUAGGGAUUGCAUCGUCUGGUGCUGCUUAUUUAGCCGGUGAACUAAUCGGUAAAGUGCUGGAGAAGCUUGAGCCAAGUGCAGCUGUACUGGAUGCGCCUUUAGUGAAGAUGAGACCAACAGAGUUACCAUUGGCAUCCUACUAAGUAUCAAGAGCAGCUUAAUAAAGAGACCACCGAUGGAUAAACUGGAACACACACCUGUCUUGCAUGAAAUGCGAGUAUGUUUUUCCUUUAAUUUAUUCAGAGUUUUUAUUUAUUUGUCCUCUAUUUAUAAUCCUCGUAUAAGAGAACACUUUUAAGAGAAAAUUUUAUUAGUCACUAAUUAAUGAGAUUAAUGGUGCAAGUGAAA